AUAUAAAACAAACAAUGUAAUAGUUUGUUUGUACAUAUAUAAAAUGUAAUACAUAUAAAUUAUUAAUUUAUAAUUUAAAUGAGGAAAUAUAUUUAUAUGAGAUUUUUUAUAAAAAAAUAUUAUUUUUUUUCUUUUUUUUAUUUAUGUCAUAUUUUGAACAAACUCAACGUUGAACCGAAAAAAAUAUUAAUUUAGCGGAUAUUAAUUUACAAAAUUUAUACUGUAUUUGUAAAUAUUAAAACUCUACAGUAUGAUAUACAAUUUAGCAACGAUAAAUACUUAGAAAAAUCGAAACAAACGAAACUAAGUAACAAGUAUUAGUGUCAAUUUUACCAAAAAAGGUAUGUCUCAAACUUUGCAUUCUACUCUAUCUUCUCUCUUCUCCACUUCACUUGUAUAUAUUUUCUUCUACUUCAUCUUUUCUUCUCCACUUCACUUCGCUUAUUUUUAUUUUCUCCCUCUCUUCAAACUAUUUAAUAAUUUAUUUCACUGUAUUCCACAAUUUUGGUUUUAGAUAAAUACUCAACAGUUUCUUAAAAUCUCUUUUUAUUUUUUAUUUUAAUUAUCGUGUGUAAAGUUACUGAGGAAAUGCAAAUUAUUAAUUUUGUCAAAUAUUUUUACAGAUCAGUAUAGGGCUUUCAUUCCAUUUAUUGACCAAUAUCUGAGAUUUGAGAGGACAACUUGUAUAUUUAUAAACAUAUAUACCUAUUUACACAAUCUUAUUUUAGAAUAAAAUCUUACAAAUUUUGUUAACAAAAAACAAAUCUUACAAAUUCAAACGUUUCCAUAUACGGGUUUAAGGCAGGACAUAAUGACAAAAAAGGAGACGUCACGAUUAAUUCAAUAAAAAAAAAUGCGAUAUAGAUAUUAAAUUCCACUAAUUGACCCUUGUGGUCUUAUAACCUUUGUAUGCAAUGUUGACACGUACAUGUGUGUGUGUGUAUAUAAACAUGAAUAUCUCUUAUCAGAUUCUCCAAAAAUUAAAGUCGGUGUUUGUGAGUGUGAUGGGGAAAGGAAAAGCACCUUGCUGUGACCAUAGCCAAGUACUCAAGAGAGGGCCAUGGAGUGAUGAAGAAAGUGAAAUACUCAAAGCUUUUAUCCUCCAAAAUGGUCAUCGCAACUGGAGAUCUAUUCCUAAACUCGCUGGAUUGAUGAGAUGCGGAAAGAGUUGUCGUUUAAGAUGGGUAAACUAUCUAAGACCAGGUCUCAAACGGGGCAACUUCACCAAAGAGGAGGAAGAUACCAUUAUCCACCUUCACCAAACUCUUGGAAACAAGUGGUCAAAGAUAGCAUCACACUUGGGAAGAACAGACAACGAGAUCAAGAAUGUGUGGAACACUCAUCUCAAGAAACGAUCGAUGAAGAGCAACUCAUCAGCAUCAUCAGAUGUUACCAAUCAAGCUCCUUCAGUGUCCCGUUCUUCCUCUUCGUCCUCCUCCUCAUCAGUCUCUAAUAACGUUAUUAAGAGCGAGAAGCUUAAUCAGGAAGAGGAGUUGGAGGAGAUCUUGGUGGAGGAUAUGGCAUGUGGAUUUGAGGUGAAUGCACCACAAUCACUUGAAUCUCUUUUUGAAGAUCGCAAGGUUCCUCCUCCUAUAACCAAACCAGACUCUCUAGAAAUCCGUGGGAAAUCAGAUGAUGAGUUGUGUCGCCAAAUGGUUGAACCAGGGUUAGAUGAUUACAACGAGUGGCUCAACUAUUUUGAUAACCAAACUUUCUAGAACUGCACCACCAUGUCUUAUUUUUCCAUUGACCAUUUAUUUUGUUUUCCUAAGAGAAGUUUAGAAUACAUUGAGAACAAGUUCAAACUGUAGUGUAUAUUAAUUUUCUUUUUUUUUGGGGUCAAAACUGUAGUGUAUACUAUUAACUUUGUUUUUCUCAAUGUUCAGAUUUCUCA